CUUGCAAAAGCAAACUGCCUUGCGCGACAAAUGACACAUUUUUGUCAGCCAACGGGUCUGCAACUUAGGAGGGGAAGCUGCAGGAUUUCGCUGCUCAGUUUGCGGGUGGCUUUUUUUUUUGCAGGAAGUGACUGAGCACUAGCAGGGUUCCUCUUUGUCAGGAUCGCCGCUCGAAGCCAAUGGGUGGACACUGAAUGUGGCUUUACAUGCCACUAAUUUCCCCGGGGCUAAAAUGCCUGAAAUCACUGUCCCAGCCUUGCCUCCUCUCUCCCCUCUCUCCCCAAAUGCCUAUGGGACUCUGGAUUUUAAUGCACAGCCUGAGGGUCCAGGCCGAUCUCCAACCAAAAGAUCUUACCUCACCGUGGCUGUGCUGUGCUAUCUCAACCUGGUGAAUUAUAUGGACUGGUUUCUCGUGGCAGGAGUGCUUCUCGACAUACAGAAAUAUUUUGGACUUGGCGACAGCAGUGCGGGCUUGUUGCACACAGUUUUCAUUCUUUGCUUCUUGUUCUCGGCACCUCUCUUUGGAUACCUUGGCGACCGAUACAGACGGAAAAUCAUCCUCGCUGCUGGAAUAUUGCUCUGGUCAGGUGUUACCCUCGGUAGCUCAUUCAUCACUCAGUCGAUGGCCUGGCUGUUCUUUGUUUCGCGGGGCCUUGUGGGUGCUGGCACCGCCAGCUAUUCCACCUUAGCUCCCACCAUCAUUGCUGACCUCUUUGAGAAAGACCACCGGACAUGGAUGCUUUCCCUUUUCUAUAUCUUCAUCCCAGUUGGAAGUGGCCUUGGUUACAUCUUGUCAUCUGGAAUGACCCAGGCGACCGGCCACUGGAGCUGGGGUUUCCGAGUUACUCCCUGUAUGGGGAUUGUGGGCUUGGUUCUCCUCAUUCUCUUGGUUCCGGAAUCAGCUGACCACGCUACCAAGAAGCCGUCGGCCACCAAGGAAAACGACCAGACCUCCACCUGGCUCCAGGACGUCUCCUCCCUCUGUAAAAACCAGAGCUUUAUGUGGUCCUCCUUGGGCGUCACGACCAUGGGCUUCGUCACCGGUGCUCUUGGUUUCUGGAUCCCGCUCUUCCUCUACAGAGCUCAACUCAUCCACCACAGUGUACCUCCGUGUGAGAAGGAGGAAUCUUGUAACACCGCCAACAGCCGGAUAUUUGGAGGAAUCACCAUCGCCACCGGCAUUUUGGGGGUCGUCAUUGGUGCCGAAGCUGCCCGAAGAUACAAGAAGAUUAAUGCGAAAGCCGACCCUCUGAUCUGUGCCCUGGGCUCGCUCACCUCAGCGCCGUGCAUGUAUCUGGCCAUCAUCUUGGCUCAGGACAGCAUCCUAACAACAUACAUUUUUAUUGCCCUCGCAGAAUUUCUUUUAUCUUUGAACUGGGCCGUCGUGGCUGAUAUCCUCUUGUAUGUCGUCAAGCCAAGUUGCCAAUCGACCGCCAUGUCGCUGCAGAUUUUCCUCAGCCAUUUGCUGGGCGAUGCUGGAAGCCCCUACCUCAUCGGAAUUAUUGCUGAUGCAAUCAAAGCCCAGCAGGCAGACCACACCUACAUCUGGGACUUCCGAAGCCUGCAAUACAGCCUUGUUGUAUGUACGUUCGUUGGUGCCCUCGGAGGAGGAUGUUUUCUGAUGACUGCCCUUCACAUUGAAAAAGAUCAGCUAAAAGCUGCCCAGCUACCUCCACCACCAUCAUCCAUCCAAGGCAUUGAAAACAAAACCUAUAUCUCACAGGAUGAAAGCCUCUGAAUGAAUCUUUCUAUGACAUAGCACUAUUUGGUGGAGAAGAAAAUGCUGGAAUUAUAAGCCGCCAUAUUGACAGUUCCCUCCAUCUGAUGGUAGGGAACGUCUGUGACUGACGUCUUAAUAUGGCAUUCAAAUCAUGCUUUAAAUUACAGUAUGUGGCAACCCCUCCAAAUCUCUCCUCUUGAAAACUGGCAGAAGAGUUUGCCAAGGAAGGCGAGGGCAGUGGAAGCCGAGAGCAUCACUGAGCUGUCAGAGAGAAAAUUCCUUCUGCAGAAAACAGGACCUGUACAGAAUAGCACAAAUGACUGGCAGAUGGAAGCCCAUCAUUCCCUGGAAGCUCGAGAUGAGGCAGCUCCUUCUACAGCUGGGGUAGGCAAGGUGUGGGUGCCUGUAGCCCUCCCCUCUCACACACCUUGGUUCCCAAUGCACCCCUCAGCACCCUUGUUUGUCAAACUGGGAAAUGACUUCCCAUCGCUUCUGGUUUCCAGGAGAAAUACAAAAAUCUCAUCCGAGCCCUAAAACAGGUCCAUGUGGGGGUCCGUGUCCCCGGGAGAAGAAGGAAGCAGUUCCUGAUCUUAUGCCAACCACUGUCUCUAUAUAGAGAUGAGUCUUUCUUAAAACUGAAUCACCAGGGGUCCCCUGGAAAAAUGCCCGUGCUGCAGGGUGGGUUAUUUCCCAAACUCCUCCUCCAUGUGUUUCUUGGGACUGAAGUCACAGCCAGUUCUAUACAGAGCUAACGUUUGGCAUUCCGGCGGGUUCUGGGAAUUGCAGUUCCAUCAGGCUCAAGGGCUAGAAUCCUGUGGCUCACAUAUGCCAGGGUGUAAACACAGUGGCAUAAAUCUCAGCCACACGUGGCUGCUAGGAAAGGUGUCGCUGCUCAUAUUCCUUGUCAUGCAUCAGUUACAUGGUCUGGCACACAGCAAAGAAUACAAGUGUUGACUUAUUAACCAGCAGCACUUCGUCAGUGAGAUCUCCACCAUUUCACUUGGGUACCUAAGCAUCUGAAUUCAAGCUGCACUUCCCAAACUCUUGAGUUUGACUCUCAAAUUAAAAUUUAAAAAAUGUCA